ACAUCUGCCUCCGUUACGGAGACCGAUCGAGUCCUCGCUGCUCACACCGAGUCCCGACACACCUCUGAACGGAACGGUUUCCUCUUUAUGGGACGAUUUUCUCCCUUUGGUCGCAGGCUGCCACGUUAAAAGAGCUGAGAUUUACAGAUGAAAGAAAAGGAGAUGCUUUGCUUACGUGACUCGGGCGACUGCUUGCGGGAGCAGAUGCAGUACAUGAUGAGGUCACUGCAGGAUCUGAAACAACUGAGGAGAACCUGCCCUGCAGUCAGACGGCCCCUCGCUCCCCUCAGCGCCCAGCUCCCGGCCUUAGUGCGCCACUCUGCAGUGGCACGUGCCUGUCAGCAGCGAGCACUGCAGCGAGAACAGCGAGCUCGUCUGCGGAUGUCUGACGCCAGCACGGCCAGCACCUACGACUCCGCCUGCUGCCUGGCGAGUCCUCUGGAGGAGGACGAGGACGAGGACUCGAGCAGCCGCCUGGGACUGAGCCUCAGGUUAGGCCUCGGCUCUCCCAGCAGCCGGAAGAGUCUGGAGUUUGAUUCCGGCUACUCUGAGGCGUCGUGGCAGGACGACGGGUUGGUUCUCAGGAGGACGAGGAACGUGCGGGUGUCAUCUUCAGCCUGCCUGCGCACCAACAGAGCGCAGAGCGGACGCGUCCGACCCAAAUCCACCUCCGACGCUUGUCUGGAGACGUGGACGUCGUUUGAGGUCAGCGACCCAGAGGACUGGACGAACUCUUUAUUAACCCGAGGCCGUAACCGCCAGCCUCUGGUUCUGGGUGACAACAGCUUCGCAGACCUCAUACAGAACUGGAUGGACUUGCCAGAAUGUCCCGAACCUACUGAGCUGAAGCCAAAUUCAAGACACAGACUGGGAAGAGGCUUCUUUGUCAACAUGAGGAGGAAACUAGCAGGAUUUUCUAAGAGUGUGGAGGACAGAGUGAAGAUGAGAUCCACGGACUCGUCCCACAUUAACAGAGCUGCCAACGCUCCAAAGCGUCUGUCCUGUCCGGUUGUGGCUGCACAACCUAAAGUCCCAUUUUUCCAUCAGUCACACUCGGGCAUUAAUGAGCUCGACUCAGACUUUUACCACUUUGCGGCUCUCAUGAAGUCGGGCAGCCGACAGCCCAUAAUCUGCAAAGACAUUAUUGGCUACAUCUGACACCGUUUCAUGUAAAGUCAUGUACAGACUGGACAAUCCUCAGAGUCACUUUAUUUUUAUAUGACUGUUUCUCACUUUUUAUAUGCUGUUCCUAAACUAUUAGAAAUAAAGAUGUUCUCAACAUUCAAACUCUA